UUCUUUUUUAAUUUUUAAGCAUGUUUUUUAUUUCCAAAUUCUCGUUUUGCACAUGCCCAUUUGCUAUAGAAUUUAAACGUGUAGAUAUUUUUGACAGUUUAAAAAGUUUCUUAUUCUCUUAUUUAUUAACAAAAAUUUUGUGAAUUUUGCAAUAGCCCCAAAUUAGGCAGCCUCUUUUUUUUCUUUUUUUUCUGUCUAAAACAUUUCCUAUAUGUUAUAUAUAAAAAGGUGUGAUUGAGGUUCAUUCACAAAACAAAAGCUAAAGCUAAAGGAAUUGUAUUUGGAGAUUGGCAAAUGGGUAGGGAGUUCAGUUUGGAGCUUGGUCUUUGGCCAUCUGCUUCAGAACCAACCUUCCAGUUCUCUGCAAUUCCCAUGAUGGCUUUGCCAUUUACUUUGAAUCAUCAUCAUCAGCAGCAACAGAUCAUGGUUUUCUAUAAUGGAGCACUUUCCCUCUGUGACUUCACUGAACUUCAGGCAAGAGCCAUAUUAUGGAUUGGAAGCCAAGAGAGAAGUAGAAAUGUGAGAUGUAGGAAUCCAGAAUGGUUGAAUAUGCAAAUGUUGAAGAGUGGGAAUGGGAAUGGGAACGCAGGUUUCUCCAUUAAGAAAUCUCUGCAGAGAUUCCUACAAAGGAGAAAGAUGAGAAGAAUUCGAACAAUGUCUCCGUAUCACAAACUGUAAUGAACAAACCAUUUAUCCAAUUCAAACAAUGAAUCAAACGCUUCUCAUUUGCACCAUGAUUCCACAAACAUUUUUGUAUUGUUGAACAGAAAUAAGACAAGAAAAAGUUCCUACGAGAAAAAAAAAAUUGUUUGUGCCUGUAUUUUACAUGACCCCAAGUUAAAGGGCAAAAGAUAUAUCUAUCAAGAGCAUGUGAUCCUUUUCCCGGGUGGGGUCAGGAUGUUUAGCAAUAAAGAAAUUAAUCUCUGCAAUGAGAAUUUGCAUCA